ACUGCAAUGCUGCUGAUCCCAGCAAAGCUCACCCGGUAACCAAUGCAAUUGAUGGCACGGAGCGCUGGUGGCAGAGUCCUCCUCUUUCUAUGGGCUUGAAGUACAACGAAGUCAAUGUCACUUUAGAUCUGGGACAGCUCUUCCAUGUUGCCUACAUCCUUAUCAAGUUUGCAAAUUCUCCUCGUCCAGAUCUGUGGGUCUUAGAAAGAUCAGUGGACUUUGGAAGAACUUACAGUCCCUGGCAAUAUUUUGCUUACUCAAAAGCAGAUUGCUUGGAGCGCUUUGGAAAGGAAGCUAAUCUUCCCGUGAGGAGGGACAAUGAUGUCCUUUGCACCACAGAGUACUCUCGCAUUCUGCCUCUUGAAAAUGGAGAGGUUGUAGUAUCUUUGGUAAAUGGCCGCCCAGGAGCAAAAAACUUCACUUAUUCCCCUAAUCUUCGAGAAUUCACAAAAGCAACAAACAUCCGCCUUCGUUUUCUCAGAACUAAUACUCUUCUUGGACACUUGAUAUCCAAAGCUCAGCGGGACCCCACUGUAACUCGCAGAUAUUACUACAGUAUAAAGGACAUCAGUAUUGGUGGUCGAUGUGUUUGCCAUGGCCAUGCUGAAGAAUGUAAGGCAAAGAGUGCUGAAAACCAAUACCAAUUUCAGUGUGAAUGUCAGCAUAACACUUGUGGGGAAACCUGUGAUCACUGCUGCCCUGGAUAUAAUCAGAAACAAUGGCAACCUGCAACAGCUGGGAGCACAAAUAUAUGUGAACCCUGCAAUUGCCAUGGACAUGCCACUGAUUGCUACUAUGAUGCUGAUGUUGAUCAGCGUCGAGAAAGCUUAAACAUCCAUGGGCAUUAUGAAGGUGGAGGAGUCUGCAUUAACUGCCAGCAUAACACAGCUGGUAUUAACUGUGAGAAGUGUGCAAAAGGUUACUAUCGUCCUUACGGUGUUCCAGUGAGAGCUCCUGAUGGCUGUAUACCCUGCAGUUGUAACUUGGAGCAUGCAGAAGGCUGUGAGGAAGGGUCUGGCCGCUGCUUCUGUAAGCAGAAUUUCCAGGGAGAAAACUGUGAACGCUGUGCUGAUGGAUUCUAUGGUUAUCCAUUUUGUAUCUAUACUCCGGUAUAUCCUUUUACUUCUCCAAUUCCAAGAGAUGCUGUGGCUGGUGACAUAAUAGAAGGUGGCUGCAAACCAGGGUAUUUUGGCCCCCAGUGUCUGCCAUGCCAGUGCCACGGCGCAGGAACGCUGGGUGAUGACUGCGAUGGAAGUACCGGGCAGUGCAGAUGUCGAACUGGAUUUGGGGGUUUUUCCUGUGACACCUGUGCAGCGGGGUAUUUUCAGUACCCCUUCUGCCAGGUGUGUGAAUGUAACUCAGCAGGUACCCAGCCUGAAAUCUGUGACUUUCUUGGGAGGUGUCUUUGUCGCUCAGGGGUCACUGGACUUCAGUGUGACAGCUGCCGGCUUGGCCACCACUCGUUCCCUGCCUGCCAAGAAUGCAAAUGUGAUGGUGUUGGCUCAGUGGAGAAUACAUGUGAUCCUAGAGGUCAGUGUCUGUGCCAUAGUAACUACGCUGGACUUAGAUGUGACCAGUGUGCUCCAGGAUAUUACAGCUAUCCCAGCUGUUUGCAUGUCAGCCCUGAAUGUGACCCUUCCGGGAGCAUUGGUUCUCACUCCGGCUAUUGUCAAUGUCUUCAGCACGUUGAAGGUCCCACCUGUAGUAAAUGCAAACCGUUGUACUGGAACCUGGCCAAAGAAAACCCCGAGGGAUGUACAGCAUGCCAGUGUGAUGUGAGUGGAACACUAAGUGGAGUUGGAGAAUGUCAGCAGGAAAAUGGGCAUUGUUACUGCAAAUCUAAUGUUUGUGGAGAUUUCUGUGACACUUGUGAAGCUGGUUAUUAUGCUGUUGAAAACAAGAAUUACUUUGGCUGCCGAGGCUGCCAGUGUGACAUUGGAGGAUCCCUCAGCCCAGCAUGUUCUGAGCCCUCGGGGAGCUGCCAGUGCAGGGCGCACGUCGUGGGGACAACCUGUCAGGAGCCUGAAAAAAACUAUUUUUUUCCUGAUCUGCACCACAUGAAGUUUGAGAUUGAAGAUGGUACUACUGUCAAGGGAGGGGAAAUUCGGUUUGGCUAUGAUCCUCAGGAAUUUCCUAGCUUCAGUUGGAGAGGAUAUGCCCGGAUGUCCUCUGUACAAAAUGAAGUGAGGAUAACUUUGAAUGUGAGAAAAUCAAACCUCUACUUGUUUCGCAUUAUCCUGAGGUAUAUUAACCCUGGAGGUGAAACAUUAUCUGGUCGCAUAUCUGCUUGUCAAUCUCGGCCUGAAGCAGGGGCUGCUCAGAGCAAAGAGUUUGUCUUCCCACCCAGUAAGGAGCCAGCUUUUGUCACAAUCCCAGGAAAAAACUCCACAGAGCCUUUCUCACUGGUUCCAGGCACAUGGACUGUCAGUAUAAUGGCAGAGGAAGUCCUCUUGGAUUAUCUGGUGCUGUUACCUAGUGAUUACUAUGAAGCAUCCAUCUUGCAGAUACAAGUUACAGAGCCUUGCACAUAUUUGGGACCUGCUUCAACAGAGCACUGCUUGCUCUAUCAGCAUUUGCCUCUGGGCAGAUUUUCCUGUGUCCUUGGUUCAGAGGCAGUGUAUUUCAGACAUGGGGCAGAAUACAGAAGAAUACCUGUGCGACAGCCAACUCCUAAUCAACCAGUGAUGGCCCAUAUCAGUGGAAGAGAGGUCAAUUUAGAGAUGACCAUAAAUGUUCCUCAAGUCAGUCGCUAUGUUCUGGUUUUUGAAUAUGCCAAUGAAGAGGAUCGGUUAUACACUGCAGAGGUCAUAAUACAUAGCCCUGGACCCCUCACUAAAGGCAGAGUGAGAAUAUAUAGUUGUAAAUACAGUUUCCUUUGUCGCAGUGUUGUAGUUGAUGACAGGAAUCGCAUUGCAGCCUAUGACCUUCUAACAGACACAAAGAUACAUCUUAAGGCAUCAUCAAUUAAUUUUCUUUUGCACAAGGUUUGUAUUAUAUCAGCUGAAGAAUUUUCUCCAGAAUAUGUGGAUCCUAAAGUACAGUGCAUAGCUGCAUACAGGACUACCCGUGAUGAAAGUGCAACUUGCAUUUCCUCAGUUUAUGAAACUCCGCCAGCAGCUUUGGUUUUGGACGCGUUCAAAGAUGGGGAAAUUUCCAAAGUACAGAAGAACGUACUCUAUGAUCCGCUCAGUGCCCCUUUACCUGCUGAUUCAGUUAAGGGAGUCACCUUGACACCACUACAGAACCAGAUUACCUUGAAUGGCAGAGUGCCCCGCUUGGGCAGAUACAUAUUUGUGGUACAUUUUUAUCAGACGGUACACCCGGUGUUCCCUGUGCAAGUCCGUGUGGAUGCAGGACGUGUGUGGUCAGGUACCUUCAAGGCUUCAUUUUGCCCCCAUAUGUCUGGCUGUCGGGAUCAGGUGAUCACAGAAAACCAGAUUGAGCUUGAUAUUUCUGAACCCAGAGUCUCUGUUACAGUGAUGAUACCGGAUGGAAAAAUGCUGGUUCUGGAAAAUAUCUUAGUUGUUCCAGCAGACACCUACAGUUACAAAAUACUUGACAAAAAGACAGUGGACAAGUCAUUUGAUUUUAUCAGCCAAUGUGGAGGAAACAGUUUUUACAUUGACCCAGAGGGAUCAUCGGCCUUCUGUAAGGACUCUGUAAGGUCACUAGUGGCUUCCUACAACAACGGAGCCCUGCCAUGUAGCUGCCACAGUGCAGGUGCCACGAGCCCUACGUGCAGCCCCCUGGGAGGACAGUGUAUUUGCAGGCCUAAUGUCAUCGGUCGUCAGUGCAGCCGAUGCCAAACCGGCUAUUAUGGAUUCCCAUUUUGCAAAUUAUGCAACUGUGGGCAGCGUCUAUGUGAUGACAUGACUGGUAAAUGCAUUUGCCCUCCACGAACCGUGAAACCAAAAUGUGAAGUGUGCGAGAAACAUCACUUCAGCUACCACCCCCUUGCUGGCUGUGAGAGCUGCAACUGCUCAGAAAGAGGAGUCGUUGAUAUUUCAAGCCCAGAAUGUGAAAAAAACAAUGGGCAAUGCAAAUGCAAACCAGGAAUAAAAGGACGUCAGUGUGAUCAGUGUGCUCCUGGAACUUACGGUUUCCCUAACUGUGUGCCGUGUAGCUGUAACAGAGAUGGAACAGAACCAGAUGUUUGCGAUCCCCAGACAGGAAUUUGUCUUUGCAAGGAGAAUGUUGAAGGUGCAGCAUGUGAUACUUGCCGACCAGGAUCCUUUUAUCUGGACCCUUCUAAUCCCAGGGGAUGUACCUCUUGCUUUUGUUUUGGGGCAACCAACAACUGUCGCAGCACGAAUCGCCGUAGAACCAAGUUUGUGGACAUGAGAAACUGGCGCUUGGAGGCAGUGGAUGAAAAUAUUGACAUUCCAGUCACUUUCAAUCCAGUCAGUAAUAGUGUAGUGGCUGAUGUUCAAGAAUUGCCUGCUUCUGUGCAUAGUUUGUAUUGGAAAGCACCACCGUCUUACCUGGGAGAGAAGCUUUCUUCAUAUGGUGGCUUCCUAAGUUACCAAGUGAAAUCUUUUGGCUUACCUAGUGAGGGCAUGGUUCUUCUGGAUAAGAGACCUGAUAUACGACUAACAAGCCAUCAAAUGGAAGUUGUUUAUAUGGAUCCCAACAACCCACUGCCUGAUCGUCAGUAUUACGGGCGUGUGCAGCUGGUUGAGGGAAACUUCAGGCAUGCCAGCAGCAAUAACCCUGUAUCCAGAGAGGAACUGAUGAUAGUCCUGUCCAGACUGGAUGGCUUACACAUCAGAGGCCUUUACUUCACGGAGACUCAGCGGCUGACGCUCGGUGAGGUUGGGCUGGAAGAAGCUACCAGCGCAGGAAGCGGCAGCAUUGCGUACAGUGUUGAGACGUGCUCCUGCCCUCCGGAGUACACCGGUGACUCAUGUCAGGAAUGUGGCCUUGGAUUUUAUCGUGAGAAUAAAGGAUUAUUUGCUGGACGCUGUGUGCCGUGCAACUGCAAUGGAAAUUCAAAUAGAUGUCAAGAUGGUACUGGAAAAUGUAUUAACUGUCAGUAUAAUUCUGCUGGGGAGAAAUGUGAGCACUGUAAAGAUGGUUAUUUUGGAGAUGCCACUCAGGGUUCCUGCCGGAUGUGUCCUUGCCCCUAUACAAACAGAUUUGCAACUGGCUGUGUGGCAAAUGGUGAAGAAAUUCAAUGUCUCUGCAAAGAAGGUUAUACCGGAGUUCGUUGUGAACGCUGUGCUCCAGGAUAUUUUGGAAAUCCACAAAAAUAUGGAGGCUACUGUCAGAAAUGUAGCUGUUAUGAUAAUGGACAGCUGGCUAGCUGUGACCACCUGACUGGAGAAUGUUUCAAUAACGAACCAAAAGAUGUGGAUCCCAAUGAAGAUUGUGACUCUUGCGAUAGCUGUGUGAUUACACUGCUGAAGGAUUUGAGCACAAUAGGUGACGAGCUUCAGCUCAUUAAGUCUCAGCUGCAAAAUGUCGAUGCAAGUACCCACACGCUGGAGCAGAUGAGACAUCUGGAAACACGCAUCAAGGACUUAAAGGUCUUAUUGAACAACUACCAUUCUGUUGUUCAUAAUCAAGGUUCAAAAGUAGAUGAGUUGGAGACAGAAUUCACUAAACUAAACAGUGAUGUAAAUGCUCUUCAGGAAAAGGCUGAAAUGAACUACAAAGCAGCUGAGAGAUUAUUUAAUAAUUUUGGCCAAACUCAUCAGAAAGGAAAGGAUUUGGUUUCACGAAUACAAAUAGUUGUCAACAAUAUACAAGUGCUCCUGGAACAAAUAGCUGGUACAAAUGCAGAAGGUAACAGCUUGCCCUUGGGAGAUGCCUCUGAAGAACUGGCAGAAGCUCAACGCAUGAUGAAGGAGAUGCGAAACCGUAACUUUGACCAACUUCAAGCCGAGGCAGAGAAGGAACGAACAGAAGCUCAGCGGUUACUGACACGUAUUAAGAAUGAACUACAAAAGUACCACCAAGAAAAUCAUGGGCUUAUUAAAGCUGUGAGGGAUUCAUUGAAUGAAUAUGAAUCCAAAAUCACUGACCUUCGUGAAGCUCUGAAUGAUGCAACAGGGCAAAUCAAGCAGGCUGAAAACUUAAACAGAGAUAAUGGAGUUCUGUUGGAAGACAUUAAGAAACGGAUUGAGGAGACAAAGGUACAACAGAAUGGUAUCUUGAGUGUUCUGAGCUCUGCCCGAUCUUCCCUGACGCAAGCUAACAGCGUACUUGGAUUAUUGCAAAAGAGCAAAGAGGAAUAUGAGAGCCUGGCUGCUCAGCUGGAUGGAGCAAGGAAGGAUAUGAAUGAAAAACUGACAAAUCUCUCAUCAGCAAGCAAAGAACCAUUGGUAGUGAGGGCCGAGGAACAUGCCAAAUCUUUGCAAGACUUGGCAAAACAACUAGAAGAAAUAAAGAACAGUGCCAGGAAGGAUGAGUUGGUAGGCUGUGCUGUGGAAGCUUCUACUGCCUAUGACAAUAUUAUUAAUGCCAUCAAGGCAGCAGAGGAAGCAGCCAACAAAGCUGGGAAAGCAGCUGACUCAGCUUUAUUGACUGUGAAGAGAGAAGACCUAUCAGGAAAAGCUGCAAGGUUAAAAACUGAGAGCAGUAUACUCUUGAAUCAAGCACAGGAGACUAAAAGGACAUUACAAGCUCUUGGUCCAAACCUUGAAGACAUAAAGCAAAGACUUGAUGUUGCUGAUGGAAAGAAGAAUACCCUGCAGAUUGAUCUUGUCACUGUUCAAAAUAAUCUCAAUGGGAUAAACAGAGAUGACAUUGACAGCAUCAUCACCAGUGCAAAGAACAUGGUAAAAAGUGCUGAGGAUGUCACAACUAAUGUAUGGGAUGAACUGCUCCCAAUUCAAGCAGAUGUGGAAAAAAUUAGGAGUACCUAUGGAAGCACACAGAGUGCUGGCUUCAGUAAAGCACUGAUGGAGGCAAACAAUUCAGUGAAAAAUUUGACAAACCAACUUCCAGACCUUUUCAGCAAGAUCAGGAGUAUCAACCAACAGCUGAUGCCAAUAAGCAACAUCUCUGAGAACAUAAAUCGCAUAAGAGAGCUGAUUCAACAGGCAAGAGAUGCUGCAAAUAAGGUUGCUAUUCCUAUGAGGUUCAAUGGCAGCUCUGGUGUAGAGGUUCGACCUCCGAGCAACCUUGAAGAUCUGAAAGGCUAUACUUCACUUUCUUUAUUUCUCCAAAGACCUCAGAAAAGAUUAGACGCUCCUGAAAGGGCAUCAAAUAAGUUUGUACUGUACCUGGGUAGUAAAGAUGCCUCCAAGGACUAUAUUGGUAUGGCUGUGAAAGACGGUCACCUUACUUGUGUCUAUAACCUGGGAGGUGGUGAUGGAGAAAUAAGAGUGAAGUCAUUGGUGACUCAAAGCGAAACUGAGGAAGCUGUUAUGGAUCAAGUUAAGUUUGAAAGGAUUUACCAGUAUGCAAAGCUGAAUUACAUCAGAGCAGCAACAUCAAUUUCUCCAGAGCAGGAAAGCCCCAUGAGUGCAAGCAGUGGAGGCAGUGACACUCUCCUAAACCUUGAUCCCAGCACUGUUGUCUUUUAUGUUGGAGGAUACCCCGCAGAUUUUAGGCCUCCACGUAAUCUUGACUAUCCUAAUUAUGAAGGCUGCAUUGAAUUAAACAGCCUAAAUGAGCAUAUUAUCAGCCUUUACAACUUCAAGAGGACAUUUAAUCUCAAUACCACUGAAGUGCAACCCUGCAGAAGGUAUAAAGAAGAGACUGACCAAAGCUAUUUUGAGGGCACUGGUUAUGCCCGUGUCACAGCAAAAGAAGGAAAUGCUAACCGAGUACGGUACGAGCAGACAGUUGAGACUACUGCAGAUGAAGGCCUUGUUUUUUUUGCAGCACAUGAGGAUCAUUUCAUCAGUGCACUAAUUAAAAAUGGUCAUACAGUUUUUAGAUACCAAGUUGACUCUGAACCUCCAAAAGAAAUAGAAACCAAAGCAACUGUAAAUGAUGGAACAUAUAAACAAGUUAAUUUGGUGUUUGACCGAAAAAAGAAUGUUGUUUAUGUCAGUCCUGAUAUUAAAGCCAACAUACAUGUCUUCAAUUUCACUGAGUACUACCUAGGUGGAAUCCCACCUUUUUUACGGGAGCGCUUUAAUAUAUCCACACCUCCAUUCCGGGGCUGCAUGAAGAAUGUGAAAAACCCAGCCACUGCAUCUGUUAUUUUUGACGAGACUUUUGGUGUCAGCAAGAAAUGUUCAGAUGACUGGAAGCUUGUCAGAUCUGCAGCUUUCUCCACAGGGGGAACUCUGAGCCUGAGUGCAACAGAUUUCCCAUAUCCCAAGGAUUUCCAAGUUGGCUUUGGCUUUCAGACCAUGUCUUCAACUGGAACACUCUUAAAUUACAAUCUACGGCCUGAUGUUCUUACCAUCUUUUUGAGACCUGGCUCUGUAACUGCAAAGAUGCGAGAGAAGGAAAUCAAACUGGAAAAGAAAUACGAGGAUGGGUCAUUGCAUUAUGUGACAGUAAUAAAAACAGACAGCACAGUACUUCUGCUGGUUGAUGAUGAGUCAAAAUCAGAAUCAGUUGACUCUCCCAGGGCAUCCCAGGAGUCAAACAAACCUAUAAAAUUUGGUGGAGAUAGUUUUGAAGGUUGUAUCUCAAACAUCUUUAUAAAAAGGGCAGGUCAGCUCCCUGAGGUUCAAGAUCUCGUGAAUUAUACUGGCAAGUCUCGUGUAUCCCUUGGAGCUUGCCACAAAUACGAGAACCUUGAACCAAUGCUGCUGAAGGAAUUUGAAAAUCCCCUCGGAUUUAAGAUGCUCAAGAAUGAAAAAUACCUUGAUUAUUUGAAAGCUGCUAACAUGCAGAACAACACAAUACCAACUCAGUUACCUGUCAGCAGUGAAGCACAUCUCCUUGGAAGCAUCCCCAACAGUUUCAUAUCCUACAUGUUUUCUCCAUUGUUAUCUACAGACAGGUUACAUUGUUCUGUAGAUGUACAGACUCGAUCAUCAAGAGGAUUAAUAGUCUUCAUGGAGGAAAGGUCUGAGGACUCUUAUGUGGCUCUCCGCAUUUCAAAAGGACGUUUUGUCUUCUCACUUGGCUCUGGAGGAAAACAAAUCAAAAUCAAAACCAGUAUUAAAUACAAUGAUGGGCAAUGGCACACUGUGGUCUUCAGCACAGAUGGGAAGAAUGUCCGCCUUGUGGUUGAUGGUCUAAGGGCACAGCACAGAAGAUUAGCAACAAAUUCUGCCAUCAGCAUUAAGCCACCAAUCUACGUGGGAGGGCUGCCAUCACUGAAAAAACAGAAUAUACCAAUGAAGAGUUUCAAGGGUUGCCUGAGGAAUUUUAAGGUGAAUGGAGAAGUUAUGAAUGCACCUCUGCAAAAAAACGGCGUACUUCCAUGUCUGGAUGUUCCAAUGGACACGGGGAUUUAUUUCUUUAAUGAAGGAGGAUAUAUCGCCAUUGGUAAUUUGCUGAUGGGCUUGGAUUUUAGGAUUGUGUUUACCAUUCGACCAAGGAGUUCAACAGGUAUACUCCUCCAUGCCGGAAGCAAGCAAGACAACUACUUGACUGUUUACAUGGAAGGAGGAAAGGUCAUUGCGGCUGGAAAUAGUGGUGCUGGAGAAUUCCAGACAUCAGUCACACCUAAGAAACCUCUGUCUGAUGGACAGUGGCAUACCAUUGCAGUCUCUCAGAAGGAGAACACUGUGCAGCUAGAGGUGGGCACAGAGAGUAGCUCUACCACUGGACUUCAACCCUCUCCUCCUAGACGUGUGUAUCAGCCACUCUACUUUGGCAAAAUUCCAGCAAAUUUGGACACCCCGUGGCUUCCAGUUAAAGACCCAUUUUUUGGCUGCCUUCGGAGUAUUAACAUCAAUGACAAACAUGUCUCCACCAGGAGAAUUUCAGAGAUUCAUGGUGUAGUGAAUUUGCAUGGGUGCCCAGCAAAGUAACUGCUGUUAUGGUUGUUGUACACACAUCAGGUGGUGUCUGAUGAAGUGUGAAUGGUGUCUGGUGGUGUGAAUUCCCUUUUUGCUGAACACCACCAGUCAUCAGGCUGGUUAUUCUGAACAGCCAGUGAGCAAAUGCAUCCUCUGGAUGUGAACUGUGCCAAAGCAAAUGAAAAGUAUUUGCUUUGAUAAACUCCCUUUUAAAUGUUAUUGAUUUCCAAGGUAAUCUGUUGCGCCUUUUGAAAUAUAUGCAGAAAACAUAAUUGUAUAUACCCUACCGGGCCAAAUUCUGCUCUCAUCCAUAGCAGCAUAAACUUGUGCAACUCCAGUGCCUUAAUUUUGGAAAUUUGCCUUAAUGUUGGUCACCUUGAGAGCAAAUUUGAUCCAUUAAUAUAAAGAAUUUUAUAAAAAUAUAAAUCUCUUUGAAUUGUUGUUUAUAUAGAAAUGUACAUUAAUGUUAAAAGUAAUAAUAAUAAUAUAAAUGGAGUUUGAAGCACUUUAAGGAGUGAAACUCUGGGAGUUUGUUACAAUAUUAGGAAUUGUGGGGCCAAAUAAAUGCAGAAUGUUCCUAAAACCGUCCAGUUUC